AUGGAAAAUGAGUACGUUGUAGCCGGACUGGACUAUCUCCAAAGCCUAGCAAACGUGGACAGCAAUCGACUGUUCCUGGUCGGGAUUUGCCAGGGUGGCCCCGAAUGCCUCGACAUUGCCUCCCAUGACCAUCGUGUUCGCGGAGUCGCCUCAGUCACAGGCUACUAUCGGGACCGCGAGACCGACAUUUGUAUAAUUUGCUCGGGCUGUGUCAACCCUGAGCCUGGCGUAGACGUCGGCUCGAUGAAGAUGCCCACCCCGGAACAGGGCGAGGCCCUAUACAAGGCCAGACUGGAACGAGCUCGGAAAGCCCGCGAGCUAUACGACAAGAGGGGCGAGGUUUUGUAUCAGCCGCUGGUCGACCCGACGGCUGCCGACCCAGACGUCGGUUUGCUCGCUGGGCUGCCGGGCCCAGUCGCUUGGCCGUGGUACGGCCCUUGGACUCUUGGGAAUUUCGACAACAGGUACGCCGUCAUGAGUGACCUCGAUCACUUUAGCUACAGUACGGUGGACGGGGUGGCCAGGCUCAUGAAGCCCGCCUUGAUUAUCCAUGGAGAUGAUUGCAUGAACGCGCCGGCUGCGAAACGCCACUAUGAAUCCAUCCCCACGAAGAACAAGAAGCUCACCUGGGACAAUAGCGUGUCUCAUUUCCAGAACUACGAGCAGCCGGACAUUGUCGAUCACAACGUGGCGGAUAUUGUAAUCCGGUUUGCGGGCGCGAAUUGA